CCCCCGACUCCUCCUCCUCCCGCCCGGGGCUGCGCUCCGGCACCUGCUCCGCUCUGCUGCGGGAUGAGCGCGGCGCCGCAGCCGCCUGUGCUGGGAGCCGGCGGGAUGGAGCCGCUGCCGCUGGCCCUGGGGCUGGCCGCGCUGCUGGGUCUCUCUUCAGCGCUGCUGGAAGUCAACGUGGGACAAGCCUCUAUCUCUACGAUCCAAGGGCAGAGGGUGGUGUUGCCGAUCUGGUACACGAGCGUCUCUCAGAGUCGUCCCUAUGUCUCGUGGGUCCUUGAGAGACCUGGAGCCAAUCGUUUUCAGAUACUGACGUACAUGGAUGGGACGGUGAAAGUGCAGGAGACAUACCUGAAGAACCGGACUGGCUUUGUGUACCCUAUGCCUUUCUUCAACAUUUCCAUUGCCAUUAACAACACCCAAGAAAUGGAUUCUGGUGAAUACAUGUGCACGGUCAACAUUGUGGAUGACGAUACCAUCAACGGGAAAAAUAUUGGACUCAUCAACCUCACCGUUCUGGUUCCUCCAUCCCCCCCGACGUGCCAGAUCCAUGGGAAACCCUACCUUGGGGGCAACGUCACCAUGAGCUGCAAGUCAUCCUUCAGCAAGCCCAGCCCCAAGUACAGCUGGCAGCGUACCGCCCCCAACACCCAGGUCUUCUUUGCACCAGCCCAAGACCUCGCGAGAGGGACCCUGAUGCUAACGAACCUCUCCAAGGAGAUGUCUGGGACGUACGUCUGUACAGCAGCAAACGUAGCCGGCAGCUCCAAGUGCAACAUCACCCUGGAGGUGAAUUCAUCGCUCAGUGCAGCCGUGAUCGCCGGAGCUGUGGUGGGGUCCCUCAUUGGAGUCGGCUUAAUUAUCUUGUUUGUUCUCCAAAUGUUCGUCUAUCGAAAGAAAAAGAAAGACACGCAGGAGGAACUGGCCAACGAGAUCAAGGAAGAUGCUGUUGCUCCAAAGACGCCUUCUUGGGGUAAAAGUUCCGGUUCUGACAUUGUCUCCAAAAAUGGUACCUUGUCGUCCGUGCACACGACCCGGGACCACAAACUGUACCCGUCCAAGCCCGCUUCAGACACAGCCUCCAUCAUCACCGCCGCCGGCAGCACAGUGGGCUACAGACCUCCCCAUAGCCACCCGAGGAGCAGAACCCUGACGCCCACUCCCAGCUUGUCCAGCCAGAGCCUGCCCCUCUACUUCCCACCAGGAAUGAACGGCGGCCAUUACCCGAGCACUGUGCCAAGCAACAGGAGCGCUCUGCACAGGACAAAUGGGGCACAGCCGCAGGCCCCCCGGCAGGAGCCCACUGUCCCUCAAGGGCUAACCACCUCUACCCUUACCAGAAUGGGUGCGGUGCCAGUCAUGGUGCCUGCCCAGAGCCAAGCAGGGUCUCUGGUGUAAGCAUCCAGCAGCGUGGGUGCCCUCUGUAUGCUGGAGAGGCUGGGGAAAUGGCCAUUAAUCCCAAGCAAAGCAGACUGGAAACAUAGCGACCAAGCCACCUCCAAGCUCCUGUGCAUCAGGGCUGAGCGUGUGAGGGGGAGCCGUGCACACGGCAUCACGCACCGGCUGCGGGAGCUUCCCAGGGACAGGCUUCCUCAGAUAUACACUCUGCCAGCUCCCAGUGUUAUCCUUCCAAACGCCUUCCGGCCCUGGCCCGGUCCCCCUGAGGGCUAGGAGCCAGCCUGGGUUCCCUCCGUGUGGGGAGGCCGCUGGCCAGCAGACUGUUUAUUGAAGGAAUGUCGCUGCUCUUGGUGUUGCUAGUUCCCUGCUGUGGACUUCAGCCCCUGCUGCUUCUUGUAGGACAGGGGUUUUCAACCUUUUUUUCAGCUGCGGACCCCUAACAAAUUUCGGAUGGAGGUGCGGGCCCCUUUGGAAGUUCAACCUGUGUUCUGCGGAUAUAGGUGUUGGAACAAUGUGUACGGUGGGGGUGCUGAGAGCCAUUGAACCAAACUCUAACCCCUAUGUAUGAUGGAAACCAUAUCAAGCCAGGGGGUGCAGUAGCACCCCUCACCCCCCGUAGUUCCAGCACCUAUGUCUGCAGACUCCUCCCAUUGAAGUCUUAGACUGCAAACUGGCUGAACAGAAUUCAACUGUAAACGUUGCCCGUGCUUGGCACGGCAUUCGCCACACGGGAGAAAGGGCCCUGGGCUUGCAUGGUAACGACAGCACUUCUGGGGUUUGGCCUGUGGGUGGGGGUUAUUCACAGACGUUUGGUUGAUCAGAAAAACGGAAUGCCUUUUCUGGGAUCCGCGGCCCACAGGUUGAAAACCGCUGUUGUUGGAAAAGCCCUGCUGAGAUGAGACGGUCUGAACCCAUCCCAGGGAUUUCAGCGUCAGGUAGAACUGGAACCUGUAAACAUAGCGCUGCCCUUCCCUCGGGCUGGCACAGGGCAGGGCUGCAGCUGGGCUGACCCCAGCACAGGCUUGGUAAUUUCCAGCCUGAGGGAGCCACCACCACAGGGCUUGAAAGAUCCACUUGCUAGUUGUGGGGAGACCGGACUGCUCGGCCAAUGGUGUCUGGGGGAUUCAAGCUUCUGCUUCCACCUUGUGGCUGGGAGGGGGCCUCCCGCAUGCGACCCCACAUGGUGCCACUUUGUUGGUGCUUGGAGGGAGUUUACCCACGGCUGGCAAAUGCCAUCCACAAGAUGGCGGUCGGCCUGUGGCUUGCUUGGAGCAGCAGCCCAGGGGCUGAAGCGACUUGCUGGGGGAGAGGUGACAUAGUGGAGAGUCCCCUUGCGCUAUGAAGUCGGGGGGAGAGUGCCCCUUCCCUGUCACCAGCCGGUGGAGGCGCAGGGCCUUGGCUGGGAGGGCUGUACGGAUUCAGGGGCUUCGCCCCCGGGUCUCGCUGUGAAGACCUGCCCUCAUUCUGGGUCUGCCCCGGCUUGUAGCUGCAGUCCUGUGGCUAGUAGGUGUCGGGCUCUGCUUGCCCAGACUGACACUCGUAGACCCUGUUCUGCCUAGGCCAAGGGACCCCGCCCCACCCCACCCCAUCGCCUGCUCUCUGAGUGCUCCAGCCACCUGUUCCAAGUGUUGGGAGACAGGUCAGAGUCUCCCCU